AUGAAGCGGUCGUUGGGAUGGUAUUGGCAAUUACCCUCUCGCUCUUAUGAAAGAAUAUUGAAGGCUACCACAAGUCGUUCUGAAACCAAACAAAUAUUUUCUCCCACAAGAACAUUUUCAUCUUAUCACCAUUCAUUGUUCCGAUAUAGUUCCAACACUGGAAAUAUUCAUGAAAAUAAUAUGGGAGUGUCGUCAUCACCGGAGGGUAAAAUGUCUUCGUCUACAACAAACAAGUUGGAGGAUUUAGAACCAGCAGGAUGGGUCAACCCCAAUACUACAAAAACAUCAGCAACGAAUAAUAAUAAUACUACCACAAUGCAAUCUUCGCUCAACAACAUCUCCAAUGACGAUCUCAGAGAGAGAAUUACGCUUCUUAUUCUCUCAUUCAUCAAGAAGAAUGAAAAGAUAAGGUCCGAUUUCAAUUCUUCCAGAUUACGUGGCAAUGCAGAUGAAAAGGAAAUUAUUCCGAGGUUGGAUUUAUAUUCUUCAUCUAAAUUGGACAAUAUGACCUUCACAAUCUGUGAUAGAAUAUUCAUGCUUGCACAAAGAUAUGGAGAAUAUCUAUCGGAGGCAACAAUUCACAGAGUAAUUCAGCAUUUUACCUUCAUGGAACAUUACAAAUUUAAUUUGCUGCUGGUGUUUUCAUAUUUACAUUCAAUAGACUAUGGAAAGAAAAAUGACAAUACCAAUUCAAGUACUAAACCAAGGCAGAAUAUUAAUUUGAAAUUAUCUCGUGUGUACGAUCCUCUCUUUGAAUCAUAUUCUUCACUGUCAGUUUUUGAUAAUAUGACCUCUCUAGGAAGAGCUAUUUUGAACUCGCUAAGAAUAGAUCAUACAACAGCAUCAUCGUCUGGAGAAAAGGCUUUAUUGGAACAUUUAAAAAACACCCUCGAAUUGAGAACUCAAAUCAUGAACUCGUUUGUCUAUCACUUUUCUCAACACAAGGGGCCAAUUAGAUUAUUGUACAGGUUUAUUAGUGAAGAACGAGCCUACCGAAUUGAAUUGUUUCACAAAUAUGCACAAUAUUAUUCAACAACUGCUAAGCAAGGAAACAUCUCUCAUAUUUUCAACACUAAAUUAUUUGCAGAAAAGUUUGAUAUCAUUUGGAAUUCCAAGACUUUAUCCUCCUACUUGAUGAAUCCGAAUAGUUUAGAAAUUUCACAGAGAUUAUUUGACAUGCUUGUAGCUAGCAACAUGGUCACUCGAAAUGAGUUAUCAGAAAUUAUCAAAAAGUAUAUCUUUGAAUUUAAGGCUCCUGAAAAGGCAGAACAUUUACUUUUGAGCCUCAGAAACAAUCCUAGAAGCACAGUGAAACCCACAUUUGAAGACUUUGCCUUAAUCAUGGUCGGAUAUAUUAACACGAAUCAAGCAGGAAAAGCAUUUUUGUGGUUGAAAAAACUCCUUGAUGCCAGCAGAAUUAGGCAUAGGUCCUAUGCUAAAGCUGAGCUUGCGAAUUUUGUCACAAUGAUUACCAUUUUGAUUCGACAUAGCAAUACUGCAAAUAAUACUGCUCUAAUAGCCAACAUUACGGCUGAUAUAUUCUUCCGUUCCAUUGAUCCAGACAGUUCGUUCUUGCUUGAAUUAUUGCAAAAACUUAGAAAUGACAGACAAAAUACGAUGCAUCUUUUUCAAUUUGCUCUUGCCUUUCACGAACAUUGGUCCAAAUUACUGAAAGAAAAUCCAAAUACGAAUCACAAGAAAACACUCAUCGACGACAAUAUUGCCAAGUUUUUAUUGCAACAAUUCGGUACUUCACCACAUACACCAAUGGUUAUUGAUUUUUUGAACUCUGUUAAAGAUUCCACAAACAAGACAAUAACAGUUCCUUAA